AUGACUGCGCCAGAAGUUGCCGGCGCAUCGGCGGAAGCGGAAGCGCAGGCGGAAGCGGAGGCGGACGACGGGGAGUGGCGGUACAGCCGCUUCCUGGCGGAGGUAGAUGCGGGGGAGGUGGCAUCUGUGGAGUUCAGCACUACGGGGUAUUCGCUCGUGGCUACCACCAAGAGCGGCGAUGAACACAAGGUGAUGAUCCCCACACUCAAGGGGGUAUCCACGGAACUGGCGGAUACUCUAGCGCGGCAGGGCGUGGAGACGAAGAUCGACGCGGGGCUGGACCCCAAGGUGGCCUUCGCCAUCGAGCUCGUCUUCGACACCGUGCUGCCGCUCAUGAUCGCCUUCGGCCUGCCCUUCCUGCUCUUCAACCAGGCGAACCCGUUCGGCCCCAACGGCCCCUUUGGCAGCUUCCUCAGCGGCAAGGGCAAGUUCCAGGAGGAGCCUGAGACGUCAGUGCGCUUCGAUGACGUGGCAGGGGUGGACCAGGCCAAGCUGGAGCUGCAGGAGAUGGUCGACUUCCUGCGCAACCCCGCCAAGUACACGGACCUGGGGGCCAAGAUCCCCAAGGGGUGUCUCCUGGCGGGUCCCCCAGGGUCGGGCAAGACGCUGCUGGCGCGCGCAGUGGCGGGGGAGGCGGGCGUGCCCUUCUUCUCCAUCGGCGCUUCUGAGUUUGUGGAGAUCUUUGUGGGGCUGGGUGCGUCAAGAGUCCGAGAGCUCUUUGAGAAGGCCAAGUCCAAGGCGCCGUGCAUCAUCUUCAUAGACGAGCUGGACGCGGUGGGGCGGCAGCGCGGGGGCGGCAUGGGCGGUGGCAACGACGAGCGCGAGCAGACCAUCAACCAGCUGCUGACGGAGAUGGACGGCUUUCAGGGCAACACGGGUGUAAUCGUGCUCGCCGCUACUAAUCGCCCUGACGUGCUCGAUGCGGCGUUGACAAGGCCUGGGAGGUUUGACCGGCAAGUCGUUGUGGACCGGCCGGACGUGAAGGGGCGAGUCAAGAUCCUCGAGGUCCAUUCCCGUGGCAAGCGUCUGGAUGCAAGUGUUGACCUAGAGAAGGUGGCCCGCCGGACGCCCGGAUUCACCGGUGCCGACCUGCAGAAUCUCAUGAACGAGGCAGCCAUCGCUGCAGCGCGCAAGGACCUCCCGGCAAUCACCGCCGAGGAGAUCUCAGACGCCCUGGAGCGCAUCACCAUCGGCCCCGAGCGCCGCGCAGCCGUAGUCUCCCUGGAGAAGCAACGCCUUGUGGCUUACCAUGAAGCCGGUCACGCGCUGGUGGCUUCUCUCCUUUCCGCGUUUGACGAUCCGGUCGAGAAAGUCACGAUUGUGCCAAGGGGAGGAGCUGGGGGGUUGACGUUUUUUGCGCCGAGCGAGGAGAGGUUGGAGAGUGGGUUGUAUAGCCGCGCGUAUUUGGAGGCGCAGUUGGCGGUGGCGCUAGGGGGGAGAGUGGCGGAGGAGAUUAUUUUUGGGGAGGAAAGGGUGACGACUGGGGCGAGCAACGACCUGCAGCAGGUCACCAGCACAGCUCGCAGGAUGGUGGAGCAGUGGGGAUUCAGCCCUGCAGUGGGACAGGUGGCGCUGGUAUCCAGUCGCGGCCCCAGCUUUCUCGGUAGCAGGGGCGGCGCGGCUAGCGAGGCGGAGUGUUCGCAGCAGACGAAGCUGGUGGUGGACGGUGAGGUUCGGCGGCUAGUGGACACGGCGUACAGGAAAGCCAAGAGUGCACUGGAGGAGAACAUUGGGCUGCUUCACAGAGUGGUGGAGGUGCUAUUGGAGAAGGAGAGCAUCAACGGGGAGGAGCUUCAAGCUCUCAUUCUCGAGUCCAAAGCCAGCCUCUACACCUGA